CCUCUGCUUCCUUUGGUUUUCAACAUCUGGAGCCUUUGACCCUAACCAGGAAGGGAGAGAGAAAAUCCCAUGAGGGAGAAGGCCUCCUCUUAAGCGCUCGCUAUGGAAUUGAGCACAUAGAAAUAAGUCUUUUUCUGACAAAAGCAUUCUUUUCACCAGUCCACCAAGCCGGAAGGAAGUCCCCAUUUCAUAGAGGACACUGAGGCUCAAAGAGGCUUCUGGGGGGAGGGCGUCCCCCACUUCCCCAGGAGAACUCCCCAGAAGGGCCUCCCCCUUAAAAGCAGCCCAAGACUCAGCCAUGUGUGGUCCCUGGAGUGUUUACUCUGCACCCAGAGCGGAAGGGACCAGGCAGGCGGGGGCGGACAAAGUCCGGGGAUUAUAAAGGCCAGUCCAGCCGCGUCCGGUGUCUCAGUUCAGAACUCAGCUAGCACAGGCAUGCCUGGGCCUGGACCCACACCACCAAUGCUGCUGCUGCUGCUGCUGCUGCUGAUGUUCUGCUGGCUGCCUUCGGGAGGUGCCCUGUCUUUGGCCCAGGAGCACCUCCCGGCCUUCCCGGGACCCUCAGAAGCUCGCUCCGGUACGGAUGUCUCCAGAUUCGAGGAGUUUCGGAAACUCUACGCACACCUGCAGACCAGGUUGCGGUUGAACCAAAGCUGGGAAGAUUCAAACCCUGACCGAGUCACCUCUGAAGCUCAAGUCCGGAUACUCACUCCAAAGCUGCGACUUGGGCUGGGCGGCCACCUGCACCUGCGCAUCGCCCGGGCUGACCUGACGAAGGGGCUCCCCGCAUCCUUCCGCCUGCAUCGCGCGCUGCUCAGGCUGUCCCCGACGGAGCUGAGCUCGUGGGACGUGACGCGGCCGCUGCGGCGUCAGCUCAGCCUUGGAGGUUCCGGGGCGCCCACCCUCCACCUGCGACUGUUGCCUCAGAGGGACCGCUUGCCGGCGCCGUUGCCUUCUGCAGGUCCCCGGCUUGAGCUGCACUGGCGGCCACGCGCGGCCAGAGGGCGCCGCAACGCGCAUGCGCGCUCCAAGGACGCCUGCCCCCUGGGGGCGGGGCGCUGCUGCCGCCUGCAAAGCUUGCGCGCGUCGCUCGAGGACUUGGGAUGGGCCAACUGGGUGGUGGCGCCUCGCGAGCUGGACGUGCGCAUGUGUAUCGGCGCGUGCCCAAGCCAGUUCCGGUCGGCCAACACGCACGCGCAGAUGCAGGCGCGCCUGCACGGCCUGAACCCCGACGCGACGCCGGCGCCGUGCUGCGUGCCCGCCCGCUACGAGCCGGUGGUGCUCAUGCACCAAGACAGCCACGGUCGGGUGUCGCUUACGCCCUUCGACGACCUCGUGGCCAAGGACUGCCACUGCCUAUGAGCGGUCCUAGUCUUUCGGUUAUGGCUCGUGCGCAGUGGAAGUGACCUCAGAGGUCCUUGCCUGUCGAAUGGGCUUGUGGGUCCUGAGAUACCCGAUUUCCCACCACUGCUAUCUACCCCGUCCGGCGGAGACCGCUGUAUUUAUGUUUGUAUUUAUUAUUAACUUAUUGGGGUGAUCUGCCUGGGGACUGGAGGGGCUGGUCUGACGGUGUGCAUUUAUUUAAAACCGUGGUAAUAAAAACGAAGUUGUCUGA